UGUAUGAGAAGCAUGUCCAGCGGUGGUGACGCUGCCGGUGCCGCUGCCUGCGGGCCCCCAGAUGUGCAGGACAAGACAAGGCUAACUCACUGUGAUGGUGACUGGGGUGGCUGUGGCUGUCCUGUGAGGCACUUGUGACAGUAGGCGUAUGGGACCCUGUAUCCAGAGCGACAAGAUGGCCUUGAGAGGCAUGCGAAGAUGCAGGCAGAGAUUGGAAUGAAGCUUCUACAUGCCAAGGAAUGCCAAAGAUUGCCCAUAAGCUACGGAAGCUAGAGAAGAGGCAUGGAACAGAUGCUUCCUCACAGCUGUCAAAAGGAACCGAUCUUUCUCAACUCUGGACUUCCAGCCUCCAGAAAUAAGCCUCAGCUGGUGACUGGGUCCUGGUUUCUGGCCUUCCUGGAGCAACACUGUCCAGUCACUCUGGAGAUGUUCUACCCUACGCUGUGGUGUUUUGAGGGGCGGCUACAAACCAUCUUCCGAGUCUUAGUGCAGCCUCAGCCUCCAGUCGCUUACUGGAGUGAAGUCCUCCAAACCCCAGACGGAGGCCAGUUCCUGCUAGACUGGGCUUGCCAGCACGACAGGAGUCAGGGCCCUGACCCUACUACCCAGCCCAUUGUAUUACUGCUUCCUGGUAUCACAGGCAGUAGCCAGGACUCCUAUAUCUUGCAACUAGUUAACCAAGCUCUGAGGGAUGGCUAUAGAGCUGUUGUAUUUAAUAACCGGGGCUGCCGUGGGGAAGAACUGCUGACCCACAGGGCCUUUUCUGCUGGCAAUACUGAAGAUCUGGAGAUAGUUGUGAAACACAUAAAGCACCACUACCCCCGAGCUCCACUGUUGGCCGUGGGCAUCUCUCUUGGAGGGAUACUAGUGCUGAAUCACCUGGCACGAACAGGGCAGGCUUCUGGGCUAGUGGCGGCACUGACUCUAUCUGCAUGCUGGGAUUCCUCUGAGACCACUCGCUCCCUGGAGACCCCACUCAACUCACUGCUCUUCAAUCAGCGCCUCACUACUGAGCUCUGCCACAUUGUGAACCGAAAUAGAAAGGUGAUGGAAAAGGUGGUGAACGUAGACUUCGUGCUACAGGCCCGCACAAUCCGCCAGUUCGAUGAGCGCUACACAACUGUGGCCUUUGGAUACCAAGACUGUGUUACCUACUACCAAACAGCAAGCCCAAGAACCAAGGUAGAUGCCAUCCAGACACCUGUGCUCUGUCUCAAUGCAGCUGAUGACCCCUUCUCCCCAGUCCAUGCCCUUCCGCUACAGGCUGCCCAACACUCUCCCCAUGUGGCACUGCUUAUCACAGCCCGGGGUGGCCACAUUGGCUUCCUGGAAGGGCUGUUCCCCUGGCAACACUGCUACAUGAACCGUCUCUUGCAUCAGUAUGCCAAAGCCAUCUUCCAGCAUCCAGUGGAGCUGCUCAAACUCAGGGAUCUCUCAUGCUCUGAGGGAGGCAAGAGCUAACAGGAGUACCAAUGGGGUCUUAAUUCCGUCUUCACUUAUUUAUUAAAUAUCAACUUUUCCUGAA